GUUUAAGUCAGCUGUUUGAUAAGAGAUUUGCUCGAAUUUUAGUUCCAUUUUCGUUAAUUUUUUCUUCGUUUGACUUUAUUUCAUUGACCAUGUUAAGCAGGAAUUUAUGUACAGCAUUGCGGCGCUUAAGAAUCACGCCAGCACGAUUCUGUACGUCAGUGGCUGCUCCAGAUCAAGGAAAUUCUGGAUGUGAUCCAUUGUAUGCAGGCAUUCGAGCAACACAAUUUGUGACCAAACCAGCUCUUAUCACUCCAGAAGACUAUGCCCCGAUUCCAGUUUAUCGAGUAAUUGAUUCCGAUGGUAAUGUUCUGGACAGCACACAAGAGCCAAAUUUGAGCAAAGAAACUUUACAAAAAUGCUUCCGAGAUAUGGUCACAGUCAAUGCUUUAGAUAAAAUCAUGUAUGAGAGUCAGCGUCAAGGACGAAUUUCCUUCUAUAUGACUAAUUUUGGGGAAGAAGCUUCACAUAUUGGAUCAGCAAGUGCAUUAUCAAGUGAAGACUUGGUAUGGGCUCAAUAUAGAGAGGCAGGUGUUCUAUUAUGGCGUGGAUGGACAUUAUCGCAAUUCAUUGACCAACUUUAUGGCAAUUGUGAUGAUGAAGGACGUGGAAAACAAAUGCCAUGCCAUUAUGGAAGCAAGAAAUUAAAUUUCGUGACAAUUUCAAGUACAUUAGCUACACAAAUUCCUCAAGCUGUUGGAAGUGCUUAUGUCCUUAAGAGGAAGCCUGAUAAUGAUCGAGUUGUUGUCGUUUACUUUGGUGACGGUGCUGCAAGUGAAGGAGAUUUCCAUGCAGCAUUGAAUUUUGCUGCAACAUUGGAAUGUCCAGUAAUCUUCUUUGUCCGAAAUAAUGGAUAUGCUAUAUCGACUCCAGUUCGAGAACAAUAUCGUGGUGAUGGAAUUGCAAGUCGAGGAACUGGAUAUGGAAUGGCUGUUCUCAGAGUCGAUGGAACUGAUAUGCUUGCCGUCCAUAAUGGAACAAAGAUGGCUAGAGAGUAUUGUUUGAAAAAUAAUAAGCCAAUCAUACUGGAAUCGAUGCAAUAUCGUUUAAGUCAUCAUUCAACAUCGGACGAUAGUUCAGCAUAUAGACCGACUGAAGAAUUAGAAAUGUGGAAUACUACCGAGAAUCCAAUUAAUAAGCUCAAAAAUUACAUGCUCAAAAAAGGAUGGUUCAAUGAAGACGAAGAAAAUGAGUUUAUCAAGUCCAUUCGCAAGCAGAUUAUGGCUCAAAAUCAAUUAUCAGAAAAGAAACAAAAGCCAGACUGGCGUGAAAUGUUUUAUGAUGUUUAUGAUGAUCUCCCAUUGAAUUUAAGGAAGCAACUGAAGGAAAUGGAAGAUCAUGUUGCUAGACACAAGGAGCAAUACCCUCUCAAAAACUUUAAAUCUUAAAAAAGGUUUCUUCCAAUUUUUAAUACAAAUUGUGCCUUUUAAAGGAACGGAUGCAUUUAUCUUAAAAAGAAUUUAUUAUAUUUUUAUGUAAAGGUUUUACUGGUAUGAUCGAAAAAGGAAUUAAUAAAAUGAUAUUAAGUAAAUUUCCAA